UUUUCUUUUCCAGUCAUCAGCAGUACAGACUUCCUUAUUAAACUCCUCCCUUUCAGCUGAGAUGAAGCCUCAGGUCACAGUGUGACACACUGCACAUGUGAGGAGACGACCGAACACCAGAAGGAACUUCGUCAUCACACUGAGCCUGAACGUGAUGUCAUGGAGGAUUCAUGGUUAAGGAUGAACUUAGAGAUCACAUCCAAAUCCACAGUCAGAGGGCUCUUCAGCCAGCAGCAGCAUUAAUUUGAAGAAAAGUGUACCAGUUGAUCUUCUGGCCAUGCGUAAGGGGCUACUGGACAUGUUCUUGGUCAACGUGUUGACGUGUGGGCUGGAGAUAUGUAUGGCCACCGGCACCAUCUACAUUCCCCCCUUGCUCCUGGAGGCUGGAGUGCAGGAACGUUUCAUGACCAUGGUGCUUGGAGUUGGCCCUGUCCUGGGUUUAAUAUUCGUCCCUCCACUGGGUUCGGCGAGCGAUAGAUGCUGCAGUCGUUAUGGGCGCCGGCGUCCCUUCAUCUGGGCCCUGUGUGUUGGCGUGCUGCUUGGCCUCGUGGUCAUUCCUCGUGCUUCCCAGAUCGCCUCUCUGAUCUCUGAACACCAUCGACAUGGGUUGGAGGUUCUGCUGUUGGUGUCCUCCAUCUGCGUAUUGGAGUUCUGCGGUCAGGCCUGCUUCACCCCUCUGGAGGCGCUGUUGUCUGAUUUCUACCCCGGGGAAGCGGAGAGCCGACAGGCCUUCUCCGUCUUCUCCAUAAUGCUCAGCCUGGGAGGAUGCAUCGGGUAUCUGCUCCCAGCAGUGGACUGGACAGGCCUGGAUGCAUCCUCUUAUCUGGGAGGGCAGGAGGCCUUCAUAUAUUUUCUCCUCACUGGGAUUUUUCUCAUGUGCCUCAUGACCACUGUCUUGAUCUCUGAGCAGACGGUCGGAGCAGUGACCGAGUCGUCCCGGAAAUCUCUGAGUUUGUACACACAUAGCUGUUGGCCGUACGGGUUGUUCUCCAGGGCUCAGACGCUGAAGCAUGCUGUGGUUAGCCUGUUUGCAUUCAUGCCCAGACUCUGGUCACUGUGCAGCCAUGUUCCCAGGGUGAUCACUAGGCUGUUUGUGGCUGAGCUGUGCAGCUGGAUGGCGCUGAUGACAUUCGUACUGUUUUAUACAGACUUCGUGGGGGAGGGAUUGUAUGACGGCGUGCCCAGCGCUAACCCAGGCUCUCCAGAGAGACUCCGCUACGAGGAAGGUGUGCGCGCGGCCAGUCUCGGCCUGUUCCUGCAGUGUGUGACCUCGGUGAGCUUCUCUAUCCUGAUGGAGCGGAUGGUGGAGUGUGUCGGUGCACGUGUUCUGUUUCUGAGUAGCUUGGUUCUACUGGCGUUCAGCACGGCUGUAAUGAUCUUCUCCAAGAGCAUCAUCCUGGUGACCGUGAUGGCGGCGAUGACCGGUUACACCUUCUGUAUCCUGCAGAUCCUACCGUACACACUCACCUGUCUUUACCACUCGGACAAGCAGGUGUUCUUUUCCAGUAAUAGGCCCAAACUCUUAUCCAGCAAGGAAGACCUGGCUGAUUCGCCUCAGAAGCAGAUUUCUGCCUUAUACCGAACCACAAACGGGUGUUUGAAUGGUCACACUGCAGCACCAUCCACGACCAAACCGGCUGUUUCCCCGUCACUUGUUUCCCUGUACGUGGACACGUCGGCCGGCCCCUACCAGCCUCCGAGAGGGAUGUGUCUGGACAUGGCCAUCCUGGACAGUGCAUAUUUCCUGUCUCAAGUCAUCCCGUCCCUCUUCCUGGGCUCCAUUGUGCAGCUUUUCAGCAGUGUCACCGCCUACAUGGUGUGCGCUUCGCUCCUCAGCCUGCUCGCCGUCGUCUUUUCCAGCAGGAUCGUCUUCACCAGGCAAGAAAUGGAAAUGCUCAAGUGACUCUACAGUAGACUGACUGUAUUUAUAUAGUGUUUAAUGCUAUAAAUAAAUAACAUAUCGACGGCAUUCUGUCCAGGGA